AGAAAGCAUUGCAUUUUCCUGAAUAAGAAACUAUGAACAAAAUAGCAUUUUCCCAGCUUUGGGAUUCAGAACGGAAUAUUUCCAUUUUUGCAUUCACAUUCAAGUAAUUUUUUUUGGCUAAUAUUUCUAGGAAAGAAAAAAUCCUAACGUUGUGAAAAGGAUAGUCGGCGUGAAGAAGUUAGCUAGCCAUCAUCACCAGAUGAUGGUCGCAGCAUUAGUAAACAUGAAAGAGCUGCUACCGAAAGUAGUUUGAGAGGGAAAGGAAUAAACGUCAUUUUAGACCGUUUUCUCACCAAAAUUAAUUACCUAAUUUGGACAAAGUAUUAAGUUCGAACCAUGAAUAAACAACACGCUCGAAGUUUACUGGAGUUGGGACACAGGGAUGAAGAUAAUUUGGAUUUAGCAGCCGACACUCCUGGAGUUUUACAACACCGUCAACAUCACCAGUCGUCUUCAUCGAUGUCCAGUACUCCUUAUAAUGCUGCUUUUUCAACUACUAACCAAAGUUCUUCUCACGGAAGGGAUUCGGGAUUAAUGGUUGAUGUUACACCCCCAAGAAGUCCGAAAAUCGGACACAAAAACCAGGACCGGCGCCAUUCCCCGAAACCUCUUCACAGACAUAAAGAAUUAAAAUUUGAGAGAAAUUUGACAGCUAUGUCUAACAGGUUGAGUGACCGUAUAGAAGCCUCUCUUCUCAUUAGUUCUGUGUGUGAACCAUUACUGAUAGUGACACCACCCACACCAUGUAUCCCUAGGAAGCGUUCUUCAGAAUCCCUAAGGACUGCAAGUCUGGAGUCUCUGAUUAUGUCCAGUUGUGGAAUGACCAAAGAAACUUUAAAAGAUGAAUGUUCUACCGAUGACAGCAGAGAUGAAAGGACUUCCAAUGUCCCUUGGGUUACACGUAGCCCAUGUAUACAAGAAGCUGAUGAGACCAAAAAUAAUUCUUCGUCUGUGUCAUUUGUCGACACAUUAUAUUUAGAUAAUGAUAUCCCUGUCCAUAAAGAUGACGGAGACACUAUCGAUGUUGGUACAUGGAGUGACUCCUCAUCACGUGCGAAUGACAGUAUGCAAGAACGGAAAUCAACUGGAACUAGCUGUGAGAAAUCUUCUGAGUCCGAACGAACAGAUAUCCUUAAGGGCAGUACACAUGAAAGGGCAUUUGAAAAGUCACUUGAUAAUGUGAUGGAUAAAAUCUCUGAUCGAUCAUUUGAUCUCAGCAUGCACUUUGAUAAGAACUCUUUCAGUGAUACUGGCAGAGACGAUGAAUCCAGAAGUUUGAAACAGACCAAAGCUGAAAAGAAAAGGAAAUCUUCAUCAUGGUAUUCAGUUUUAAGUCCUACCUAUAAAUCACGCAGUGAGGAUUACAAGAAAAUUUUCAAAGAAAUACCAAAUGAUGAACGGUUAAUUGUAGAUUAUUCUUGUGCGCUUCAAAAAGACAUACUUGUGCAUGGUCGCAUGUUCAUUUCUCAGAACUGGGUCUGCUUCUAUGCAAACAUAUUUAGAUGGGAAACUGUGUUAACUAUUCCAUGCAAGGAAAUAUGUGCUAUUACCAAAGAGAAAACUGCCCGAGUGAUACCAAAUGCUAUACAAAUUGCUACAGAAAAAGACAAAUAUUUUUUCACCUCGUUUGGGACUCGAGACAAAACUUUUAUGAUGUUGUUCAGGAUUUGGCAAAAUGCCCUGAUGGAUCAGCCAAUGACACCGCAAGAGCAAUGGCAUUGGGUUCACAUCAGCUACGGAGAAGAACUUGGAUUAACUUCUAGUGAUGAUGAUUAUGUUCCUCCUCCUGGUCUUGAUUAUUUGAGAGACCGACAUAUUACCAAAGAAGAUGGCAGUAUAGCUGGAAAGGACUGUCCAACUGAUUCCUCCGAUCAGCAUGUGGUUCAAACAGAAUCCAUUACAAAUGCUGAUGACACUGAUCUCGUUGCUACUGAUGAUGCCUUUGAGCCUUCCCAGGAUCCCAUUGUUAAUGGGGAUGAACCAUUAACAGAUUUUGGUGAUACCACAGAAGAGAGUGAUGACGGUGAAGGUCUACCAUCUUGUCGUAACCCUGUUAAAUGCCCUUCAGAGGAAACAGGAGAAAUUAUCUGUACUGGACAUGAACAUUUUUCUAAGACUUACAUGAAUGAAGUCUUCAGUAUUCCUGUGGACAAGAUGUUUGAAUAUCUCUUCACAGAUUCUCCAUUUUUCAGGCAUUUUGCUGAAGUCAGGAAAACUUAUGAACUUGUCCUUCCUCCUUGGCAAGAAGAACCUGAUGCUGAUGGAAACCGACAGCGUACAAUAACAUAUACUCUGACACUGGGAGCAUCUCUGGGGCCAAAAAACUCAACAGCUACUGAGAAUCAGGUGUGUUACAAACAGAGUCAACCUGGAAUGUUGUAUGUCAUCGACACUUCUACCACAAUGGCUUCUGUACCUUACACUGAAUCAUUUUAUGUUGAGCACCGGUAUUGCAUCACUAGAGCGUCUUAUACCAAAUGUAGACUCAAAGUAACAAGUGAUGUACGUUAUAGAAAAACAUUGUGGGGCAUUGUAAAAAAUAUAAUUGAGAAAAAUGCUGCUCAUGGUUGUUCAGAAUAUUUUCAUUCAUUAGCUUGUGAAUUGCAAGCAGAAUCUGAAAAAUUGGAACAGAACCAUUCAGGUAGUCAUUCUGUAUCAAAGAAAAAAGUACGCAAACGUCGUCGGCAAAUAGGUAGUACGUCUGAAACACCAGUACAACGACCAGGUGCCGAUUCUAAGUCAAAGGCAAAAUCAGUCACUCCUUCCUCACCUUCAAAAAGUCAGUUAUCAAAAGAUGAAAAGAUUAUUAAACUCAAUGCUGACACAAUGAUCAGAAUAGUUUGUUUUGUAUUGGUACUGCUUGUCAUGUUUAAUGCAGUAUUGUUUUAUAAACUAUGGUCUUUAGAAAGUUAUGCCAACACAAUAUAUUUACCAUACUUAAAGAAUGGUCUUCAAAAUAAAGAUAAUUACCCACAGAAUCAGGAAGAGUGGGCUGAGCUGUUAAAACAACAACAAGUAUUACAUGAAAGUGAACUAGAACGAUGGAGAGAAAUUCUAUCAGCGGCUGUUAUAUUAGUAGAUCAAGUUAAAUUAUCAUUAUCACAACUGCAGGAAACAUUACAACAUCGGCACCAGAGUAGAUGAUGACAAGAACGACUAGGGGGUGGGGAGGAGAUACUGCUUUCUGCAUUGCCGUUGACCAUUUCAACUCAUACAUCACAUCAGGUCUAAGUAAGACUCUGCUGGACAUCCUCUCAUGAAUUUCACUGAAACAACCAAAGGAAUUAUUUUAUGUGCUUGUUUCUUCACUCCUUCCUCUCUCCUGCUUCUGACAUCCAGCCUCUUUAUUUAAAGUUGAGGAGAAUUACAAAACAAAAUCAUAAAUUCUUUUUUUUUUUCUUUUUUUUUUUUUUUUCUUCUUUACAUCUCCUUCCUUGGUCUUGAAAUUAUUUGCUGAAAACAGUUACUUCUGACCUGACUUGAAAAUAUAUAUAUAUAUAUAAAACUUACUGUGACCAGGACUUAGACACAACUUGGCGUGCAAUCCUAAGUGAAGAAUCACUCUUUAUCUUUGAAAUUAGACUUAUGGUAAAAAGGGUUUUGGGGUUUCUAGGGACAACAGCAACUACCAUCAAUCUUGGAUUUAAACAUUUAUAGCAGACUUGCUUUUCCAAAUUUAAACUAAAAUGAAAAAGAAAACUUUCAAAAUGAAGGAAAACAUGUUAUUUUAGUUUACUAUUAAAAUCCUAAUUAUUUAUUGAAAAAUUAUAAAAACCAGAAUCAAAAUAUUAAAUUUUUAUUUCAUAUACUUAUAUGUAUGCAUAUAUAAUUUGGAAAUGUCAGUCGUCCUUUCUCUCACAUUUCUCUCUCUCUCAGUAUUCUACCUCCAUAUCAUUCUUACUGUUUCAUCAUUCACAUUUUUUAAGUUAAUUUAGUGAACAUUUUUUGAACAUUAUAAUUAAUAAUUCUGCUACUAAUAAUAAUAACAACAACAACAGUAAUAACAUACUAGUUUUUCUAAUUAGUGUAGCAGACCUUCUCAAAAAGAAAUGAAACAAGAUUAGUCAAUAAUGAAACUUUCAGACCACCCAUACAUAUCUACACAACUCUAACCCUGCCCCCCACUCCAGACUUUGAUUUCUUGUUAUCUCUCAAAGUAGUUUCCAUUAAAUGAAAAUGAAAUUUUUCAUGAUGUUGAAGUGAGAUAUAUGCAUGGUAGUUUUAAAUCUAUAUUGAUAAGAGUUAUGUUUGUUUGUCUUGAAACAAUGUCAUUUCUCAACAAAUCUCUUCCAAAUUUGCACACGGAAACAAAGUCACCCCAGAAUAAUAC